ACAUAGAACUGUACAGUAUUAUUUUAAAACGCUUAAUAGAAUGACUACAAAUAAUGACGAAGUAAUAGAAAAUACCGGUUUUAAAGAUAUACCGCCCUGGCUAAAUGAAAAACUAUUUCAAGAAUUUUUGGAAAAUGAUUUUCCAAAUUAUCGUAAAAUAAAAGAAUUUACUGUUAGACCGGCCGUUAAAACGGGUGAAAAUUUUAUGACUGUUAUGCUGAGAAUAACUCUUAAUGUAGAAUUAAAUAAUGGAACUGCAACCACAACCUCAUAUAUGGUUAAAAUAAAACCCAUACCGGAAAAGCUACAGUUUAUGAUAAAAGAAUGGAAAUUGUUUGAUAAAGAACGCAUCACCUAUAUGAAAUAUUUAAGAAAAUUUGAGAACUACUAUCAAAAAGCUGGUUGUAUGAUAAAAUUAGCUCCUCGUUUACUGGAUCCUACCAAGUAUAAUAUUAAUGAUGAUGUUCUCAUAUUAGAAGAUUUAAGACUCAAGGGUUUUAAGAAUUUUAAUCGACAUUUGGGUUUGGAUUUAGUACAUACUAAAGCAGUGUUGAAAAAAUUAGCACAAUUACAUGCUGCUUCGGCCUAUUAUUUUAUAGAAAAUGGGCCCUUGUCGUCAAUGUAUGAUAAAUCUCUUUCCAGUGAUGUUGAUUUGUUUGAAGAUCAUCGCAAAAAGUUGGGGGAGUUAUUUCGUGAAAAUUUAGAUUUAUAUGGAAAUUUUAAAUAUUUAGAAAAGAAAUUGAAAAUCUUCUUUGAAACUCAACCCGAUCCAUUUCAAUUACAAUCUGAUUGGAAAACCAACAACUUUAAUGUUCUCAAUCAUGGUGAUUGUUGGACAAACAAUAUCAUGUUUCAAUAUAAUGAAAAGAAUCAACUCAGUGAAACGUUAUUCGUUGAUUUUCAAAUGAGCCGCUUUGGUACUCCGGCACAAGAUCUUUAUUAUUUUUUGUUGUCAUCAACGAACUUAGAGGUAAAAUUAAAAUAUUUCGAUUAUUUUAUUUACUAUUAUCAUCAGCAAUUGGCGGAACAUUUAAAUUUGUUGAGCUAUAAAGGGCAAAUACCUAGUCUUAAAGAGAUACAUAUGGAGCUGCUAAAGCAUGAUUAUUGGGCUUAUCCCACUAUUAACCACUUGAUGGCAAUAAUACUUUGUGAAUCACGUGAUGAUGCCAAUGUUGAUAAUUUGAUCAAUGAGGAUAAUGAUGAAUUUAAGAGAUCAAUGUAUACAAAUGAUUUGUAUGUAAAACAUAUGAAUAUAUUAAUACCAUGGUUAGAUAAUCGAGGAGCCUUCGAUGUGUGUAACAUAAGAUUGCAAUUUCGAAAAAUACUCAUGGGUCUGCGUAGUUCAAAGCAUAAAACCAAUAGCUAUGAUAUAGCUCCGGUGGUAUCAAAUAAAGACUUUAGUUACAAAAAACAUCCAAGACCAUUGCCUAAAGUAGAACUGCCAGUUGCUGGUAUUAUCAAAGAAGAAAAUGAGGAAACAACUGAAACCAAUAAAGAGGAGGUGCAAACUACUGCAGCAGUAGAAAGCACAGAUUUGAAGAAAGAAGUUCAAGAUCCUCGUAUACCAGCAUGGGUUAAUGAAGCUAAUUUUAAAAAACUCUUGCUUAAAACCCAUCCUAAUAUCGUAGAUAUUAUUAACUUUAAGGCUUAUCCCGCCAUGGCAGCUGGUGAAAAUUAUGCCACUCUCAUGUUGAGAGUUAAAAUGACAGCUAAAUUUGAAGAUAACACAAGCAAAGAUUUCUCCUUCAUGUUGAAGGUGGCUCACGAUACUAAAGAAAUGAAAGACAUGAUGCAGGCCAUGAAUUUCUUUAUAACAGAAAAUACUGUCUACACUGAUGUCAUACCAGAAUUAGAAGAAAUGUAUCAUCAGGCUGGUGUAGACAAUAUUAGAUUUGGUCCUAAGUCGCAUAGGUUAGAUCUGGAGGAUGCUAACGUACAUUAUGUUUUAAUGGAUGAUCUAGGUUUGAAUGGCUUUAAGAAUGCCAAUCGUUUGGAAUGCCUAAAUAUGGAACACACAUUAAGUGUGUUGCGUAAAAUGGCUCAAUUUCAUGCUGCUUCAGCUUGUCGUGUAGCCAAGAAGGGAGCAUAUUCACCAGUUUUUUCUCCCGAUAUGGAUAAUGAAUUCGCUCGUGUUAUGAUGCAGCAAAUGUUUAUGGCUUUUAAGAAACCAUUUUUGGAUAAUUUAAAGACUUACGAAAAUGGUGAGAUGUAUUAUGAUUUAAUGGAAACUUUCUUUGACAAUCUUAUCGAGUUGUUCCUACGUAGUCGUAAACUACUACCUGGUUACUUUUGUGCCCUUAAUCAUGGCGAUUCGUGGUCUAAUAACAUACUCUUCAAAUAUGCUGAUGAUGGCAAGUUAGAAGACACUUUGUUCGUUGAUUUCCAAAACAGCAACUGGGGAUCGCCAGCUUUGGAUUUAUACUAUUUCAUUAUAUCCUCAGUACAAAUUGAUAUAAAACUUUCCCAGUUUGACUAUUUUAUACGUUACUAUCAUGAACACUUAAGCAGCCAUUUGAAAAUGUUAAAUUAUCCCUUGGAAAUUCCCAACCUAAGAGAAUUCCAUAUGCAAUUGCUCGAUUUUGGUUCUAUGGCUACCAUGACCUCCUUCUUUACGCUGGGAGUUGUUCUGCUAGAACCCACAGAUAAUGCUAAAUUUGAAAAUUUUCUUGGUGACACAGAGGAAAGUUAUAACUUUAAGAAUGCCAUGUAUUCGAAUGAACGUUAUCGUAAAUAUAUCAAUGAAAUCUUGCCAUGGCUAUAUAAUCGUGGUUUUAUGGAAAUAGAUCUGACUGAAAUAGAUAAUAGAAUUGCGGCGGCUGAUAAGUUAAAAGAACCAGUGACAACGGAGCCGUUACAAAUAGCUCAACAAAAAGAAUGUAUUCAACAAUCAUCGCACAGUUAUCCAGAAUGGGUUAAUGAAUCGUUAUUUAUGGAUGUCGUACGUGCUGAUUGUGAAAAUUAUCAAAGAAUACUUAAGUUUACGGUUAGUCCAGCAACUAGUGCUGGUGAUAAUUAUGCAUCGAUAAUUUUGAAAGUAGACAUCGACAUUGAACUUACAGAUCACACCACUCGUAAUCUAUCCUACAUGUUGAAAAUUCCCCCAAACGGUGAACAAGCCAAAGCCGUCGUUGCCUUACUGAAUACAUUUGAAAAAGAAACAACAGCAUAUUAUGAAAUUAUACCAAAAUUUGAAAAACUUUACAAAGAAAGAGCUAGCAUCGAUGUAGUAUUUGCACCAAAAAGUUAUAAACUCAAAGAAGAUACAGGAUGUGAGACAAUAGUAUUGGAAAAUCUUCGCACUAAAGGUUUCAAAAACUGUGAUCGUCUAGAGGGUUUAGAUAUGGAACAUACUAAAGCAAUUUUAAAGAAGCUAGCUGAAUUUCAUGCAGCUUCUGCUUGUGUGUUUGAAACCGAGGGAAAAUUCCCUGAAAUAUAUGAACGUUCUAUAUACACCGAAGAAAAUAGAGAAAUGAGAGAGAAAAUGAGUGAAUCAUUUGUAAAGAUAUAUCUGGAGUGCCUGAAAGAAUAUAAGGGCAAUGAGGAAUAUUAUGAAGGAGUGGAAGCCUUUUUAAAGGACUCUACUACCCACCUAGCCAAUGCCAGUAAAAUUGACCAGAAUAAAUUCAAUGUUUUAAAUCAUGGUGAUUGUUGGACCAAUAAUGUUAUGUUCCAGCAUAAUGAUGAGGGCCAUAUAAUCAAUACCUACUUUGUGGACUAUCAAUUGGUUAAAUAUGGCACACCCUGUUAUGAUUUAUAUUACUUUUUAUUAUCCUCUCCUAAGUUUGAAAUCAAAUUGCAACAAUUUGACUUUUUUAUACGUUAUUAUCAUGAAAAUCUUAAGGCUAAUUUGGAAUUGUUAAAAUAUCCAAAAAGUAUUCCCAGUCUAAAAGAUCUGCAUGUGGAAUUGUUAGAAUAUGGAGCUUGGGCUGUACAAACCAUUAUAAGUGUUAUGGCUGCAGUUUUAUUGGAUCCUAGUGAUAAACCAAGUUUGGAGAAAAUGGUUAGUGACGGUGAAGACGGAGUUGCUUUGAAAAAGCAAAUGUUUAUAAAUGAACGUUACCGUUCUCAUGUGGAAGCUAUAUAUCCUUGGUUAAAUCAAAGAGGUCUUCUAAAUUUUAAGUAAAAUGUUGAUGAUAUGUAAAUAAUUGAAAAAAUCUGAAUAAAAUUAAGUUAACUUUGUAAUAAGAGUGC